UCUCACUAAGAGAGAUCACUGCUGCUAGUAAUAUUGUUUAAGAUUGUGAAGAUGAUGAGGAAUAAGUUGCAGAUUUAAAUGGCAGAAACUCAAAGAAACCCUUUUAUACCACGUUCUCCUUCACCUCUUUGGUUUUCUCAACCUUCACCAUCCUUGAUCGUACUAGUUUCUUCAUCAUUUUCUUACCCCUUUUUUACUACUUUUAACAAACCCUCCAAAGGCGACAAAUAGCACUUCAUCCAGAAUUACAAUCUUGGCACUUUUCACGGGAUAGCCGGACAAGAAGAUAGUAUGUGCAUGAUUGCUGAAAGAGAACCUUACACUCAUUUUGGUAACAGGCACGGAAUGUUUAUGGAACCAUAUAACCCAUUUAGAUCGUCUGCACGGCUGAUGGCUGAUUACAUGUGUAAAGGCAAAAUUUUCUUCGAACUCCCAAAUUUUGUGGUUUCUGAAGGAAGGCUUGUUUCAAGAGGAUCAGGAAGUUUAGUGAAUGAAGAAAACAAAGGAGCUCAUAGAUGCUUUUAUGGAGAAUCAGAAAUGAAAUUUGGGGACAUUCCGUUUUGUAGAUCCAGUGAUUACGGUGAUUCCAUAUGUAUUUUCACUGGAGCUGCUGAAUCAAAGAAAUUAAGAGUCGUAAAAGUAAUCAAUUUUGGGCUUGAUAGUGCUGCCAAAGAUGAAGGUGUACAAAGCUCAUUCGGGAGGACAUACUUGGGUGAUGAUACAGGAACUCAAAAAGCUUCUACUUCAUUACUGGCGACAAGUGACAAUGGAUCAUCCGGCAGUGUCAGUACGGCAGAUGAAGCUACUUACACUCGUCCAAUAAAAAAUGGAGAUGAAGCUACUAGUGCGGCAGAGUUGCGAGAGAGUCUUAGUCGAAUAUAUGAUGAAGUUCUUGUAGUUGAAAAUAUCCCAGCAGCAAAGGAAAUUGUUAAAAUGCUUACAACUAAACACAGGAAUCGCAUCUAUUCUUGUAAUACUGAGGUAUGCAAAAUUGACGUACAGAAAGACACGCCUGUAGAUCAUGGAGAGGUAACAUGUUUUAGUAUCUAUUCCGGAGGAGGAGGGGAUUUUGGUAAAGGGAAGUCUUGUAUCUGGGUGGAUGUCCUGGACGGAGGCGGUAGGGAUAUUAUGAUCGAAUUUUCUGCUUUCUUUGAAGACGCGUCAAUUAAGAAGGUCUGGCACAACUAUAGCUUUGAUAGUCACGUCAUAGACAAUUAUGGGCUUAAAAAUUCUGGAUUUCAUGCUGAUACUAUGCAUUUGGCAAGGCUUUGGGAUUCUUCCAGAGGGUCAGAGGAUGGGUAUUCUCUUAAAUCACUUACAAAUGACCCAAGAGUCAUGAAUGAAAACAGUAAAAUGUGCGGGAGCAGGAAAAAGAAAGUAGGGAUCAUUUCUGGGAUCAAUCAAGGAAAAGUAUCAUUCAAGACCAUUUUCGGCAAGGGAAAGUUAAAGAAAGAUGGAUCCGAGGGUAAAAUUAUUGUAACUAGUCCUGUUGAAAAGCUUCAACGGAAAGAAAGGAUGCUGUGGAUCUGUUAUUCUUCCCUGGGUUCAGUAAACACCCUGAAGCUUUUUGAAAGUUUGAAAAAAAAGUUACAGGCAAUGGAGUGGAUUCUAGAUGGGUGUGCCAAAGGAAAUAUGUACAAUUUCUAUGAGGAGUAUUGGAGACCAUAUGGCGAGCUUUUAGUGAAAAUGGAAACUGAAGGAAUGCUUGUAAAUCGAGAAGCUCUUGCAGGCAUGGAGAAGUUGGCCAUUGUGCACCAGCAAGUUGCUAGAGUUAAAUUCCGCCAAUGGGCAUCUAAGAUGUGUCCUGGUGUUCUACACAUGAAUGUAGGAAGUGAUUCCCAACUGCGGCACCUAUUUUUCGGUGGAAUGAGAAACAGUAAGGAUGAAACACACACUCUUGAGGAGGAGAAGGAAUAUAAAGUACUUAACUUUGAUAAAGUGAUUGGAGAAGGCAAGAAGGUCGCUACAAAAUUUCACAAAAUUAGACUUCACAAAAUUGGCAAUGAAAUAGAAACCGAUAUGUUCACCGCCAGUGGUUGGCCCUCAGUCGGUGGAGAUGUUUUAAAGGUCCUUGCAGGCAAGGUCACCUCGGAAUUCAAGGAGGACAUCGAUGCCUCUCAAUAUGGCACCGCUUACAAAGCUUUUGGAGAGGGCAAUCAUGGAAGGGAAGCUUGCCAUGCCAUAGCUGCUCUAUAUGAAGUCCGCUCAAUUGACUGUAUGAUAUCUAACUUCAUUUUGCCUCUGCAGAGCAGCGCAAUAUCUGGCAAAGAUGGUCGUAUCCAUUGCUCUUUAAAUAUCAACACUGAAACUGGACGCUUAUCAGCAAGAAGGCCAAGUUUACAGAAUCAACCUGCUCUGGAGAAGGACAUAUACAAGAUCCGCCAGGCAUUUAUAGCUGGAGAUAACAAUUCCCUUAUCAUUGCUGAUUAUGAGCAGUUGGAGCUUAGAAUUCUUGCACAUCUUUCGAACUGCAAGAGCAUGCUGGUUGCCUUCAAAAAUGGUGGAGAUUUCCAUUCACGAACAACCAUUAAUAUGUAUCCACAUAUCCGUACAGCUGUGGAGCAAAAGGAAGUUCUGCUUGAGUGGUAUCCUGAGCCCUGUAAAAGCAAACCUCCUCAGCCGCUAUUAAAGGAUGUUUUUGCAUCUGAAAGAAGAAAGGCCAAAAUGCUCAAUUUUUCUAUCGCAUAUGGCAAAACUCCUCAGGGAUUGGCUAAAGACUGGAAAGUUACAGUUAGGGAAGCUAGUGAAAUAGUUAAUUUAUGGUAUACACAAAGGCAAAGAGUUUUGGCUUGGCAGGACGAGUGCAAGAAAGAGGUUAGGACAAAAGGUUGUAUAAAAACAUUGUUUGGCCGGGCUCGUCGCUUCCCUUUGGUGGCUUCAGCUGAUAUUGGUGCUAAACGUCACAUCGAACGAGCAGCUAUAAAUACCCCUGUUCAGGGAAGUGUUGCUGAUGUUGUUAUGUGUGCGAUGCUAGAAAUAUCGAAAAAUGCUCGUUUGAAGGAACUAGGUUGGAGGUUGCUUUUGCAGGUUCAUGAUGAGGUAAUAUUGGAAGGUCCAACGGCGUCAGCAGAGGAAGCAAAAUCCAUCGUAGUGAACUGCAUGUCCAAUCCCUUUGACGGAAAAAACAUUCUUAAUGUGGAUCUAACUGUUGAUGCCAAGGUUGCACAGAACUGGUAUGCUGCCAAGUAAGAGAAUAUAGCAGUCAAGUGACAAAGUUAAAAGCUCAAAAUAGGUAAAAUCAUUAGAUGUAACACUAGUUUCAAGUAGCAACAGAUCCAUGCAAUCUCAAAUUUUAGAUUCCUAUAAAAAUUUCCAAUCACUUGGAAAAUUAUUGGAAGCAAAUUUAGACAAAUUUUAAUUAAGGUGUGUUGGGAUAUAUGUUUUAAAAUAAUUAUUUUGUACAUUUAUAUCAACAA